AAACACAAUUGAGAAUUGGGCAGGCGACUUCUGCAACGGGGGACCGGGCAAGAGAGCGCAGCGCGCGCGCCGCAGCAGACUUGUUCCCAGAAGAAUGUUGAACUAACUGAUGCGCAGCGGGCGCUUGGAUGGGGUCGGAGAAUUCCGGGAGGGGAUAAAAAAACACCACCCUCUAUCGAUUAGCAUAUAGAUCGUUUUCUGUCGGGGUUAGGGAGAGGGGAGGAAACGGUGCCCAGGAAGAGCAACAACAACAACAAGUGGACGCCGCCAGCCGAGCGACUGACUUUGCACGCCGAAAUUGGGAGGUGGUGGUGGGGAAAGGCGAAGGGGCUGCAGCUUGGAGCGCGCAAGCCGGGAGGAGGGAGGGGAAGCGCCCCCAGGCAGCAGCAGCAGCAGCAGCAGCAGCGCAUCUCCUUUGUCAAUCCUUGCGAGAGCAACAGCCUGUCUGGGCGCGAGGAGGGAUUGUUGGGAACGGGUGAUUUACAACAAUUGCUCAGCUCCAAAAGAGAGAAAAGCGGGGAGGUGGGGGAAGGCUGCGCUUGGAAAAGAACAGCGAGCUGUACACGCAACAUCCAUAAUCCGAGACCAUUGCAGACAAGCCCCGGCGCUCACCCCCCACCCCCGCCCCAUUCUUCGUCCCCAAAGCGCCCCCUCCUUUUUUGUCAACUUCUGGGGUUUCUGCACAUCCUCCUCGAUUUGGUCAAGAUCAAAGCUGAAAGGAGUGGCAGCCGGGUUUAUUUAUUUAUUUAUUUUUGCGCCCGGAAUUUUGCAUCGCCCAAAGCCUCCAGGAGUCUUUUUGUUGAUGUUGUUGCCUCGGCUCGCCCAGAAGAGAGGAGAAGGCGAUUCGCCGUCGCCCCUCCGCUUUAUGCGACCCCCACCCCUCCCGUGCCGCGCACCUUCCUCCUUCGGAGCGCGGCACCUGCGAAAACAGGUUGCCCAGAAAAGCCUCCCCGCCCCCGCCGACCAAGAUCUCUUGCUCUCUCUUUCUCGUUUUGCAGAUCCUGAGUGCUGCCUUUUCUCAGCCCGUCGCGGAUAGACAUUUCUACUGCAUGAGAGUAACCAAAGGGUGAUCCACUCCUUCCUCUCCGAUGGGGAACUCAGAGCCAGCUUUUCAGCCUUCUUCUUGUUGUCCUUCUCUGGCCGCAGUCCCUCCUGCUGCUGACUUGGGCGAUGCUUUCUCAAGCUUAAGACGUUGCUGACAGAUUGGCGAAAGCGAGAGUGUGUUCAGACCUCCGCACUGUGUAAACAAAGUGAAGACUGGAAGUUUCUUCAACUUUCUAAACAGCUGUGUUCACCAGCAAUUUCAUUGCUAGGCCAAAGCAUCAUGUGGAGGCAAUUCUGGGGAUGUUGGCUAUUUUGCACUUGAUUGUCCCGAGGAACUCAAGACCAGUGUUUGUUCUCGAAGACUUCUUACUUUGCUUAGGUGCACUCCUCGCUUGAUUCAAAGUGUCCACAGAAAAUCAUGAACUUGGACCUGUGGAUUUUGUGUGACCCACUGAAGAAUACCAUAAGCAGUGGGAUCUCAAGUGUAAAAGGACAUGGUCCAGGAUUAUCUCUUGACGACACCAGAGGACUUUUACAAACAUACCUCCAUAAUUUGUAUCACACCUUCUGGGCAGUAAGAUGUGGAACACUUCUCCUUGAGAAGUAAUGCAGAGUGAAAACCCAGGUUAUGUUAACAAGGAGAGACGAUGCUUCCAAGAUACUGUUUUCCAAACCUCGGUGGUCCCGCUCUUCUCACGCAAAACACCCAGUGAUGACUAUUGAGAAACGGGACAUUUUCUUCCCCUCUUGAGUGUCCUAAACAAAGAAAUCCAACAUGGAGGUUGCAAUGGUAAGUGCAGACAGCUCUGGGUGCAACAGCCACAUGCCCUAUGGAUAUGCAGCCCAAGCAAGAGCCAGAGAAAGAGAGCGACUGGCACAGUCCAGGGCGGCGGCGGCGGCAGCUGUAGCGGCUGCAACGGCUGCCGUAGAAACGGGGGUCUCUGGAGGAGGAGGACCUCAGCACCACUAUCACCAGGAACAGAGUCGUGGGGCCUCCUCUUCCUCCUGUGGUGGGAACACAUCACGUAGCAGCUAUCGUCAGAGCAGGAGGAGGAAGCAAAGGAGGAAAAAAGCCUACUGUCUUGGCAGCAGGGAGUUUGGUGCCUCUUUCCCCUGCUCUGAGUUGCUGCCCCUGAGUGGCUCAGAGGAGAAGAUCCUGAAGGACUUGAGCGAGGAGGACGAAGAGGAAGAAGAGGAGGAAGAUGACGGGGAGGAUGAAGAAGAUGAGGAAAGGAAGUUCUACUGCAGUGAUGGAGAAGGUGAAGAUGAGUAUUCGUUUUCCGAUCAGCUUCCUGAUGACGGUGCUGGGCCCGGCGGCUACACUUCUGUCCGCUACAGUGAGUACGAAUGCUGCGAACGAGUUGUCAUCAAUGUUUCUGGCCUGCGGUUUGAGACUCAGCUGAAGACCUUGGCUCAGUUCCCCGAAACACUGCUGGGUGACCCGGCAAAGCGGGGCAGGUACUUUGACCCUCUCCGGAACGAGUAUUUCUUUGACAGGAACCGCCCCAGCUUUGAUGCAAUUUUAUAUUACUAUCAGUCCGGAGGGCGUCUGAAAAGGCCAGUCAAUGUCCCCUUUGACAUUUUCAGCGAGGAGGUGAAAUUCUACGAACUCGGGGAGGAGGCCAUGCUGAAGUUCAGAGAGGAUGAAGGCUUCGUCAAGGAAGAAGAUGACAAGGUACUGCCUGAAAACGAAUUCAAGAAGCAGGUGUGGCUGCUCUUCGAGUACCCUGAGAGCUCCAGCCCUGCCCGAAUUAUUGCCAUCGUCUCGGUUUUGGUCAUUUUGAUCUCCAUCGUCAUUUUCUGCCUGGAGACACUGCCGGAGUUCAGAGAUGAGAAGGAGCUGAUUUUGACCUACAACGUGGAGAAUGUGAAUGAGACAUUGCAGAUGCCGGGCGGGGGACACACGAUUUUCAACGACCCCUUCUUCAUUGUUGAGACCGUUUGCAUCAUUUGGUUCUCGUUUGAGUUUACAGUGCGCUUCUUUGCUUGCCCCAGCAAAGCAGUCUUCUUCAAGAACAUAAUGAACAUCAUAGACAUUGUCUCCAUUUUGCCUUACUUCAUCACCCUGGGUACAGACUUGGCGCAGCAGCAGGGCAGCAACGGCCAGCAGGCCAUGUCUUUCGCCAUCCUGAGGAUCAUCCGCCUCGUCCGGGUGUUUCGCAUCUUCAAGCUCUCCAGACACUCCAAGGGUUUGCAGAUCCUGGGCCACACUCUCAGGGCCAGCAUGAGGGAACUCGGCCUCCUGAUCUUCUUCCUUUUUAUUGGCGUCAUUUUGUUUUCCAGUGCUGUUUAUUUUGCAGAAGCUGAUGAAUCUCUCACUCAUUUUCACAGCAUCCCAGAUGCCUUUUGGUGGGCUGUUGUGACCAUGACUACAGUUGGUUAUGGGGACAUGAAGCCCGUCACUGUUGGUGGGAAAAUAGUCGGGUCCCUAUGUGCCAUUGCAGGUGUGUUAACCAUUGCUUUACCAGUGCCAGUGAUUGUCUCCAACUUUAACUAUUUUUAUCACAGAGAGACCGAAAAUGAGGAAAAUACCCAGCUGACACAAAACGCAGUCAGCUGUCCGUACCUUCCGACGAUACUCAAGAAAAUCCGAAGUUCAUCAUCUUCGUCCAUGGAGGAGAAAUCAGAGUAUUUGGAGAUGGAGGAAGGGGUUAAAGAGUCUCUUUGUGUGAAGGAGAAAAAGUGUCAGGUCACAGGAAACGGCAGUGAGACAGCAAAACAGAACUGUGUUAAUGCAAAAUCUGUGGAAACGGAUGUUUAACUUUGACUGUUUCCAAACCUAUUUAUGCAUUAAAGUGCACAUUGGUUUUUAAAAAAUAUGAAAUAUGCAAACAGGAGUUUAAACAAGCAUAUAGAAAUAUGCCAUUUACUUGUUAAACAUGAAUUACAAAGCAUUAGGUAACUUGUAUUGCAUAUCAAGUCAAUGAUAUACCUUGUGGAGGGGGUUUUACCUGAAAUAGUUUCAAAGUUUAUAUUUUUACUAGAAUGCAGGUGUUUUGCACAUGAGGGAAACAAUUUUACUUUUAAGGAGGAUGUGUUUAUCCACCUCACUCACUGCCCAGUGGUAAAAGUUAGCAUUUCAAGGUAUUUACUAUGUAAGAUACAAUGAAGUUCAGUAGCCAUGCAUUCAUUUGUUAACGCUUUAAGAACAGCUACCAUGAUUCAGUGGAUUCCAUGAUCUUUGAUUUUAAAAUGCUAAAGAGGGUUGUGGGAAAAAAAAUCAUUCUAUGGAAACUUCAAAUUUGAUCUUAAAAUAUUUAAAGAAUCAUUGUGUGUUUU